AUGUUAGUUGGUAUUUCAGGAACUUUGAGUUCAGGCAAGACUGAAGUUGCAAGAUAUCUCACUUUUCAAGGGUUUAAAGUUAUUUCAUAUCGACCAAAGCAUAAUGAAAUUAUCGAGUCGUCUGAUGAAUGUGAGCUAGAAUUAAGAGACAAAUUUGGUACAAGAUUAGAAGCUUUGACGGUUAAGGAUGAUUGCAAGAUGGACAAUUAUGCGGUUUUCGAAGAUUUAGACAGUUUGAUAGAAUACGUCACCAUCAAUUGGCAAGAAAAUCAUGUUAUUACUCAUAUAGAUGAUAUCACCAUGCUUAGAGCUUUACAAAAGAGACCCUUUUUUUUGCAUAUUUCGAUAGAUGCUCCUAUUCAUUUACGAUACAAGCGAUCACAGCAAUAUUACAAAUCUUUGGAACACUUUACUAAACGAAACGAUGAACUACUCUUCAAUGUAGAGUCGCCGUUAUUGGAGAUCAAUAAUCAGGCUCAAGUGAAGAUUAUCAACACGUCAACGUCAAUUAAGGACCUCUUUAUUAAAUUAUCUGAGCUCAAUUUGUUAGACCACUCGAGAUUGAGACCGACCUGGGACUCCUAUUUCAUGCGUCUUGCUGACUUGGCAGCACUUCGGUCUAACUGUAUGAAAAGAAGAGUAGGGUGUGUCAUUGUGCGCCAAAAUAGAGUCAUUGCAACUGGAUACAAUGGAACGCCGCGUCAUUUGUUGAAUUGCAAUGAAGGCGGAUGCUCCAGGUGCAAUAAUGGUCAUGGAAGCGGCGCUUCCUUGUCUACAUGUCUUUGUUUGCACGCUGAAGAAAACGCGUUGUUAGAAGCCGGCAGAGAUCGAAUAAGAGAUGAAAGUGUUUUGUACUGCAAUACUUGCCCUUGUCUUACAUGUUCCAUCAAGAUUGUUCAAAGUGGUAUUAGAGAAGUUGUUUAUGCCCAAAGCUACUCUAUGGAUGAGCAAAGUCAUAAAGUAAUGAGUGAGGCAAACAUUAUCUUACGACAGUUUCAGCCUCCAGUAGAUGGCAUAUUCAUAUAA